AUGCGCAAGAACCAGCGAGAUAUGAGUGUGAGUGAUUUCUAUCUCGUGCCAUUGCCCGGUGCGGGCGGACCUUAUGCAGGGAGCUUCUUCAGGUUGUCGAGACGCCUUGGAAUCGGGCUUCAGAUGAUCCUAAGAGAUCGCAUUUCAUACUACAAGGGCAGUAGGAUUCAUGAGGCGAACAUGGCUUCUUGGCCAAUUUGGGGCAUCCCAAAGGAACCCACUCAACCGCGCUAUUAA